AUGGGAAAAGGUCGACUGGCAGAUUUUUUUUAUCCUCAGAAAUGCACUACCAUCAACAUUUCAAAGAAACGCCAUCCAAUUAAAAAAUCAUACCCUCUGCACAACCAAACCCUGGAAGAUGUCCCAAGUGGUAAAUACCUGGGAAUCACAAUUAGUCAAGAUCUGUCAUGGCGUGAGCAUAGUAACUCAUCUGUCAAGGCCACAAGAACAAUUGGUUUUCUAAGAAGGAACCUCAGAAGCUGCCCACAGGAUAUCAGAAGUAGGGCAUACACUACACUAGUACGUCCAGUAUUGGAGUACGCAUCAGUGGUUUGGGGUCCUCACCAACAUCAUUUAAUCCAACACUUAGAAAAUGCUCAGCACCGGGCAGCAAGGUUCGCCACUGGUGAUUACUCGUCAAGGGACCCAGGAAGUGUGACCACCAUACUACAUCAACUCGGCUGGGAACCAUUAGAACAUAGGAGGGCCCGGAACCGUGUGAUCAUGUUCUACAAAAUUUACCAUCACAUUAUGGAAGUUCCAACAGCAGAAUUCGUGGUUCUAUGGCAAUCAAAAUCUGCCAAAUCAGCACCAGCUUUGUUGUCUACAAAUACUCGUUCAUACCAGCAACUAUCAUAG